AAAAAAAGAAAAAGUUCAAAGUAAAAUUCUCCUUUGGAAAAUGAAGAAAGGAACCUACCUAUGAAAAAACAUUACUGGCUGUCACCGCCAUCGAGACCAAGAUGGCCGCGAGACUCGGCGCCUUCCUCACGAAUGCUUGGGCCAAGGAGCCAGUACUGGUCGUGUCCUUCUUCAUCGGGACCCUCGCUAUAAUUCCGACCCCACUCAUCCCCUACUUCAAGUACUCUGUCAUGAUCAACCAGGCCACGCCCUACAACUACCCAGUGCCUGUCCGCAAUGAUGGGAACAUGCUUGACAUACGCCACCCCUAGGACCCCCAGGGGCCCAGCCUGGAGUGGCUGAAGAACCUGUGAGCAUCUCCACUGACC